AUGGCACCAUGGCUGCAACUGGCAGCGCUACCCUCGUCGCUCCUGGUCCUUAUCGCCAGCUCGAUUCCGCCAGUCUCCCCCCAAGGUCUGGCCCUACAGUGGCCCUACGAUCUCCCCCCAGAUUCGAAAUACUACCCCGAAGAUGAAUUGAUGGUCAAACGGGAUUUGAAAGUACAGCAGAAGCUGCAAAAGAGCAUCCCGACCGGGGUGAGGAAAAUGAGCGGAGAUCCUGGGGAGAAGUUCUAUCUGCAGUACUGGGGCUUUGAGGAGCAGGAGGAGGAGGACUUCAACAACUGCUCGUUAGAUUGGGCCAACGCGACCUUGUUCACAUCCUUCGAUCACCCAGUCCGGGUGCACGACAGUUACCAGAGUCCACGCCUCUUCCGGCGACUACUCCCAGGCUGGCAUCUCUUUGCAGAGAGAGAUUUCCAGUGUCCGACGGGCACAUCAGCCUGCACCUCGAUCGAUCGACCCAACAGCUGCUGCGCAACGGGCUACACCUGCCAACUGGUUCAGGACACGGGGAACGGGUUGGGUGACGUCGGAUGCUGUCCCGACGGUCAGGUGUGCGGGAAUGCGCUCUCGACGUCGUGCGCCAGCGGGUAUACCUCGUGCCCGAACGACCCCGGCGGUGGCUGCUGUCUUCCGGGGUACGCGUGCUACCAGGUCGGAUGCGUGCAGACGUCGACCGCGACGAUCUUGACGAAUCCAACGCCCUCCACCACGACGGUGACGAGCUACACGACGGUCACGCCUUCGCCCUCGACGCCCACGCCGACGACACACACAUCCACGACCACGUCCACCUCCGCAACGUCAACCCGAACUUCCAGCGUCACGCCGCUGCCUCCAGUCAUCUCCACCGUCACCCUCACGGUCACGGUCACCUCCGCCACCACGCUGCCACUCACCUGCUCCUCGGGCUUCCGCUCGUGCCCGGCGUCGCUGGGGGGCGGGUGCUGUCCGACGGACCGGCAAUGCGGCUCUUCCAACUGUCCUCCGCUCUCCACGUCGUCGUCCGCGACGCCCGAGCCGCCCGUGCGGCCGACGUCGCUCACCACGACCGUGGAGACAACAACCACGACGACCACCCACUCCACGUCGCCCUCCUACCCGGUGACCGGGUGUCCGACGGGCUUCUACGCCUGCUCGGCCUACUACCCGGGCGGAUGCUGCCAGAUCGGCCGCGACUGCGACUCGACGUCCUGUCCCGCCCUGCCCUCCACGACGCUGGUCUCGGGCAGCACCCUGACGAUCGUCGCGCCCACCGGCUCGGGCAUCACCGCGCCAGGCACCCAGGUGACGGGGGACUGUGCGCACGGCUGGUCGACCUGCGCCCCGAGCGUCGGCGGCGGGUGCUGUCCGAGCGGCUACGUCUGCGGCGCGACGAGCUGUAGCGUCCCCGCCGGUGUGACCGGGGGAGGGAACGGCGUGGGGAAGGAGGCGCCGAAUGUGGCAGCAGGCAAGGGAGAGCGUCUCUGGAGCGGUGCACUGUGGAGUUUCAUGGGCAUAUGGCUGGUGUUUUGA